CAAAUGUCAGCUAAACGUCAGAUGUGUAGAGCACCCACGUUUGGUUGUUUUGCCCGUGUCGGUCAGAUGCGGUUUCCCAUAAAUUCUUGAUCAUUUACACCCCACAAUAAUUGCUCACACAGUCGACUCUCAGGAUUUUCUCAGCAGGUGUAUAAUCCGCACCAAACCAGUCUCCCGCGUGAACUGCAUGGAAAAUGCGCAACAAUACGCCACCCCAAUCUCCGUACCGUAACCUCGAGGAGGAAAUCAUCGAGGCCGAGGACGGAGAAGUGAUUUACUUCGACGAUGAGGAACAGGCACUGGCAGCAGGCUCGGACGACGAGGAUGCUGAUGAUGCGAACGAUGCACAAUACGAAGAAAUGAAUUUGGAAGACAUCGAGGGGAUGCUCGGCCAACGGAUCCCGGAACGAGACGAUGCAAAGAUCACAUUUCGCGAACACAGCUCCGCAGUCUUCUCUUGUCACCUGCACCCGACUGAAAACAUAGCAGUGACCGGCGGCGAAGACGACAAGGCUUUCGUGUGGAACGCAGAAACCGGAGAAGUGAUAUCCAAAAUCGAAGGACACAAAGACACAGUGAUUUCGGUCGCGUUUAGCCCCGACGGGAACUACCUGGCCACAGGAGACAUGGCAGGAGAAAUCCAGGUCUUCAAAGUGGCUCAAAACUACAAAAAAGUCUGGGAGUUCUCAAUGGGUGAUAUGUGCUGGAUGAAGUGGCACAUGGCCGCGAACGUACUAUUGGCAGGCAGCGAGGUUGGCGACAUUUACGUGUGGAGGAUUCCUUCCGGCGAUUGCAAGAUCCUGCCUGGAAACGGGAAUAGGUGUGAAACCGCAGAGCUUGCAAAUGAUGGCAAAAAGCUGUUCGUUGGUUACGGAGACGGCUGCGUCAAAUUGUGGGACAUCAAAAACACAUCGGCGCUGGUCGAGGUCAGGCCCAACGAGCCCAUAUCCCAUUCGGAAUGUGUCUCAGGGGUGUCGUGCGACCCAGAAAGAAACCUCUACAUGUCCGGCAGUGAGGAUGGCAAAAUUAUGCUUGUGAGCAAUUCCGGCCCAGUAGCGAUACUCGAUCCAGAGGCAGGUCCCGUCGAGGUAGUCGCAUUUUGUCCGGACACAGAACUGCGAGUUGCGGCCAGUGGAACGUUACGAGGACAGAUUGCAAUCUGGGACAUCGCGAAACAAUCCAUUCGAGCAACGUGCGAACACAGUGAAUCAGACAACGGAGUCACUACGUUAAAAUGGCUGCCGGAUCAAACUCUAGUUUGUGGAACAAUACUAGGCAAUGUAAUUGCAUUCGACGGACGGAGCGGUACGCGUAAAUACGAAUUGCAAGGACACGGAGCUGAAGUCUACGAUAUGUGCUAUGAUCGAGCUAAGGGAUUACUACUGUGCGCUUCAGAAGACAGUACCGCGAAAAUCUUCCAAAUCAAUCAUUGAAACGAAUGCUUAUGGCCUUUGUAUAAAUUAGAACCAAUUGGAUAUGUAUAAAUUGUUACCAAACGUUGAAUAAAUAAUUUUGGUAUUUUAUUUUUAUAUAAAAA